AUGCAGAAAGGAAUGUUAAUGAAAGACUCCCGCUUGAUAAUUCUAUCAUCGCUACGUUUAGAUAUUCUAGAAAAGAUUCAUGCUGGCCAUCAAGGCAUCCGUAAGUGUCGUGAAAGAGCAAGAGAAUCUGUUUGGUGGCCUGGACUAAGUAAGCACAUUGAAAACAUGGUUACUGAUUGUUCCAUUUGUUGUAAAUACAGAGAAAAUCAUGCAAAGCCGUUACUAACAACGUGUUUUCCUCAACGACCGUGGCAGAAAGUUGCUACAGACUUGUUUGAACAUAGCGGAAAAAAUUAUGUGCUUGUAGUAGAUUAUUAUUCUAGAUAUUUUGAAAUUGCUCCUUUGAAAAAAAGCACAACUGCAGAAGAUGUUAUUAAUCAUAUGAAAUCCAUAUUUUCUCGUCAUUGUAUACCAGAAACAGUUGUGUCGGAUAAUGGUCCACAGUAUUCUGCAGCUAUUUUUUCCAAAUUUGCUGAAGAAUGGGGAUUUACACAUUUAACAAGUAGUCCUCGCUAUCCUCAAAGUAAUGGAGAAGCAGAAAGAGCUGUAAAAACUGCAAAGAACUUAAUCAUAAAAUCCGAAGAUCCUUAUUCAGGUUUACUUGUAUACAGAUCAUCACCAUUGCAGAACGGGUACUCACCAGCAGAAUUAUUAAUGGGGAGGAAAUUACGUUCUAAUCUACCAGUAAUAUCCGAAAAGUUAACUCCAAAGCUUGCUGAUACGGCAAAAUUGAGAAGAGACGAAGAAAGUUACAAACGACGUCAAGCAGAAAACUUUAAUUGUCGUCAGAGAGCUUCAGUCCUUCCAGACUUGAGUCCUGAUGAAAAGGUUUGGGUAAAAGAUAUAAAAUCACCAGCUGUGGUUGUGGGAAAAACCAAUAAACCAAGAUCAUAUAUAGUCAGGACAGAGCAGUCUGUUUUAAGAAGAAAUAGAAAACAUCUUAUCCCUGAUCCUGAAAAUCUGAGGGAAAACAGUGAGAGGAACGAAAGAAAGCUGAGUUUCAGUGAUAAGAACGAAGUGAACGAAUCUUCUAGUAGUUUGGACAAUGAACAGGAAUCGAAGAUUGCGGAAAGAAAAAUGAUGAAAGUCAUGAAUAAGUUUUAUUCAAAUCCUAAAAGUCUGGAAGAGUUACAACAGAAUGUUGGAGUUUAUUCCAUAAAACAUGAUCGUUUUGCUCUACGUGAAGAAUUUGAAAGUUGA